AAAACCUAUAAAAACCUAUGAUAAGAUGGAGACACCUAAUCGGAUCCCAGCAUCAGCACUUACAAAACCAUGGGCCAACAAUUCUGUUCUCUCAAGCAAUUUGGACUUUAGUGUCACCCCUCCACUCCCAAAUGAUACAUUCGUCCUUAAUGGGUCUCUGCAGAACUGGACGGAGAUCUAUGACACUGGAUUCAUGCCAAGUGUUGCUGGAAUCCUCAUUCCUCUUAUCUAUAUAAUAGUUUGCGUGGUAGGUUUAGGGGGCAACACCUUGGUCAUCCACAUCGUCUUGCGCUACUCUCAGACCCAGUCUGUCACAAACAUCUACAUCCUGAACCUGGCCAUAGCUGACGAGCUUUUCAUGCUCGGGCUUCCCUUUCUGGCUGUCCAGAAUGCUCUCCUGUCCUGGCCAUUUGGGUCGCUGAUGUGCCGUCUGGUCAUGACUGUGGAUGCCAUCAACCAGUUCACCAGUAUCUUCUGCCUGACCGUAAUGAGUAUCGAUCGCUACUUGGCAGUGGUACAUCCGCUCCGGUUUUCCAGGUGGCGCCAACCUCGAGUGGCCAAGGCAGUCAAUGCCACAGUAUGGGCGGUUUCCUUUGUAGUCGUUCUUCCAGUUGUGAUUUUCGCUGAUGUUUUACAGGACGACGGGAACUGCAGCAUAGUAUGGCCCGAACCUGCAGAAGUCUGGAAAGCUGCAUUUAUUGUUUACACAGCAACAGUAGGAUUCUUUGGGCCUCUGUUGGUCAUCUGCAUGUGCUACCUGCUCAUCGUAAUCAAGGUCCGCAACUCCGGACGCAGAGUCCGAGCAACGUCCAUCCGACGGCGAAAAUCUGAGCGGAAGAUCACGCGAAUGGUGGUGAUAGUGGUAGCCGUGUUCGUGUUUUGUUGGCUGCCGUUCUACAUAUUAAACAUCGUCAACCUGCUAGUGCUGCUUCCGGGAGAGUUCCGGGGCCUGUAUUACUUUGUAGUGGUCCUUUCGUAUGCCAACAGCUGUGCCAACCCCAUUCUGUAUGGAUUCCUCUCUGACAACUUCAAGCGAGGCUUCCGGAAAGCUUUGUGUCGUUCGACCAGGCGAGUGGAAAACCAAGAACUACAACAGGGUACUGUCGGAAACCACACUCUACCCCUAGAGGAAAUAAAAAAGGACCUCGAGCUGACAGACUGCCUGAAAGAAUCCUGUCAACAAAUACAGCAAAACAGUGAUGAAGAAGAGGAGGACGUUCAUGAAGCAGAUAUGAGUUACACCGAAAAUGCCACCCAGAUGACAGAAAUCUGUAGAUCUGUAAAGAACACCUACAGAAAUAGUCACAGGGAGGGCACUAGGACCAUAGUCUCAAACUUGGUAGAUGCCAAGGAAGCAGGUCCAAGUAAUGGAAACAGAACUGGUGAAAAUGGGAACUAUAUUAGUCCAAAUUUUGGACAUGUGAUGAGUUUCAACGGAUCUCAGAGGGGAAGCAUCAAACCAGUGGCCGAGGAAUUAGGGGACAGCGUUCUGGAAAUCAGUUAUUUGUAAAACCUCUAUUAUUUCCGGCAGAAGUGAAUGCCAAUUGAUGCCAAAAUGUGCAGUCAGUAUCAACGAGUGUCUUAAGUCUUUAAGCGUCUGUUGGAAUUUUACAAAUCUUUUAUGUUUCAGAAAAAAAUUAAUUAACGCAGGGCAUUUCUUUCCAUGUACCAGAACUUCCUGUAGCAAAAGAAGACUCUGAUUAUGCUUUUUUUUUUUACAAUGGUUAACCAAACUGCAAAACCGACAAUCUGUCAAAAAAGAGACAAUUCAGUCUAGGUCCAUUGGUCACAUCGAGCACCAGGACUAGAAUCACUAGGGCAAGAUGUUUCCUUAGUCCCUGUUUAAGCCAGAUUUUCUCAAAGCAGUCUUAUUGCGCUUGAGCGGACCGCGUUCCCUUCGAAAGCUCGAGUUUUUUCAAAAAGACCGGUGUAUGUACUGGAUAUGUUUAUUAGUCCAGCACUUUUCUGCUCUGAGCAGUGUAUAGAAUUCCAAAUGUAUAUGCAUUUACAUGAGAUAUUGCCAUUCAAAGAGACUCGGAGGAAAGGAUAAUGUCUUAUGUUUCACGUGUAUUACUGUAUAGUAUAUUUGUAUAUUAUUAUAUCAUUGUGUAAAGGCCAUAUUGUGAUGAAUGUCAUAGAUGUUACUGUAUAUGUUCAAAUUUCAGCAUUUAAACUACCUAACCUAAGAUGUAUUUUUGUUUGUUUGUUUGUUUGUUUUGUCUGUUAUUUACAAUCUGAUGAUGUUGAAUAAACGAAGCGCCGAUUUGUAACGAGGCAGCGUUUGCAAGCUGUGCCAUGGAAAGAACGAGGUGUCAUCUUGCUUGCUGAUGAAGACAUGAACACCGUCUCUGCUUUGCUUUUUUUUUUAAUCUCCAUCGUGUGCUUGUUUGUGCCGUGUCACAUUUUUAUCUCCUUCGCUCUAAGGUAUCAAAAUAAAUUU